CUCAAACUUUCUCCGACCGACAACAUCGACCACAUCGAGGCAGCUUCCGCACAAAAGCUUGCCCAUCAUGUCGCUCGUAAGCGGCGACAAGUCGAACUUCCAGUUCAUCUUGCGUCUUCUCAACACCAAUGUCGACGGCAAGCAGAAGGUCAUGUACGCCUUGACCAAGAUCAAGGGUGUCGGCCGACGAUACUCCAACUUGGUCUGCAAGAAGGCUGAUAUCGACCUGAACAAGCGCGCCGGAGAGCUUACCUCGGAAGAACUCGAGCGCAUUGUCACCAUCAUCCAGAACCCUACCCAGUACAAGAUCCCCGGUUGGUUCCUCAACCGACAGCGCGACAUCGUCGACGGCAAGGACAGCCAGAUCCUCGCCAACGGCGUCGACUCGAAGCUGCGUGAUGACCUCGAACGCCUGAAGAAGAUCAGGGCUCACCGUGGUCUGCGUCACUUCUGGGGCCUCCGCGUCCGCGGCCAGCACACCAAGACGACCGGGCGUCGUGGCCGGACCGUCGGUGUGUCGAAGAAGAAGGGUGGCUAAACGGAUCGCGCGGCCGCAUUUGGGGACAGGGUUCAUUGGCACUGCUGGACUUUGGUAUUUGGUGGUGUUAUCUCUCGUCAUGGCUUGGGGGGUGGAACACGGCUGGAUUCAUCGCGAUUCCUCGCAUUCAAGGAGUAUUUCGCCGUUCACAGUUAACGAUGGCUUUGGCAUGGAUGGAAUCGAAACCCCUUGAUAAAAUCGAAAACAAUGAAAAAAAUGGAUCCCGGAAUGAUAGCGCAGCAAUACAGGAGUGACUGGUCUUUUACACCAUACUACGGUAGAUAUUGUGGCUCACCCUGUGCAAUGUAUGGGAGACGGGAAGAUGGUCUCGCAUGAUUCAUGACAGUUGGGAUUUGUAUAUGCCCAACAGUAUGUCUUAAA